AUUACAUACCUUUAUCUUUAAUUUCAACAUUCAAUAAGAAAAACUUCGGUUUUGAAAUAAAUUAGCAAAGUAGUUCUGUUUGAAUCGUCAGUCCAGGGAAAACUCAAGGUCCUUUGAAUGUUGAAAACUAGCAGGCUUAUUUACUUAUCCAGGUAGUUAAUACUGCUAAUUAACAAACAAUACUUAAUACCAAAUUCAGAAGAAUGACUAGCAUACACGCUGGAAAUAUCACCGAGGUCCAUGAAAUGCCGUUCUCUGAAAUAAUAAGACCGUUCAAGCCUGAACUGGAUGAGAAAAAAGUGAAGUCACUGAUGAAGACCCUAUCGGACCCGGAAACUGCUGACCAGGUCCCUCCCAUUGACGUGCUGUGGAUUACUGGACGCGAAGGAGGUAAUUAUUAUUACAGUUUCGGAGGGUGUCAUAGGUACACCGCCCAUCAGAGAUUGAAAUCGGAAUUCGUCAAGGUGAAAUUGGUGAAGUCUACCGUUCAGGAUUUGAGGUGUUACCUGGGAUCUAGCACCCCCGACUUAAAGUGAGUCGUAACUGUGCAAUUUGAUUUCCUGUAUUUUUCUCAUUCUUUUUAUUUUUGUGAUAUAUGACGUACUUUUAACUAUGAUAAGUCUACACCUUUUUUGUUUUACAUGAAGAAAGUUACGAAUUUAUAUUAGACAUACAUUUAGAUAUCAGGGCGUUCUUAUUUAUUAGUUUUUAUAACAAGGAUCCCUUAUUGUUUUUUAUAUUUUAAAUUAUGUUAAAUAAAGGAAUGAAAUAUA